AUGGGGAAGGCUCAGAAGAAGACAGGAAAGGGUCGUCUCGACAAGUACUACAAGCUUGCGAAAGAGCAGGGCUACCGCGCUCGAUCUGCCUUCAAGCUCAUUCAGCUUAACAAGAAGUACAACUUCCUCGAGACUGCACGAUGCUGCAUCGAUCUUUGUGCUGCACCCGGUGGCUGGCUUCAGGUUGCUAGCAAGCACAUGCCUAACAACAGUGUCAUCGUCGGUGUCGACUUGGUCCCAAUCAAACCUAUCCCCCGUGUCGUGACCUUUGCCGCCGAUAUCACUACCACGCACUGUCGGAACCUUCUGCGCGGCGAACUCAAGGACUGGAAGGCGGACGUCGUACUUCACGAUGGUGCUCCCAACGUCGGAACGGCCUGGAUCCAGGAUGCCUACACCCAGUCUGAGCUCGUGCUCAUGUCCCUCAAGCUCGCAGUCGAAUUUCUCGUCAAGGGCGGUACCUUCGUCACCAAGGUCUUUCGUAGCACGGACUACAACAACCUCAUCUGGGUGUUCAGCCAGCUCUUCGGGAAGGUCGAGGCGACCAAGCCGCCCUCGUCUCGUAACGUCUCCGCUGAAAUCUUCGUCGUCUGCCGCGACUUCCAUGCCCCCAAGCACAUUGACCCCAAGUUUCUCGACCCGAAGCACGUCUUCAAGGAUCUCGCCGCCUCUAUCCCUGCUGACGACAAGGGUUCCAACUCUAACAACGUUCAGGCCAAUGUCUUCCAGCCCGAGAAGAAGCGCCGCAAGCGUGACGGUUACGCCGACGGCGACUACACCCUUUUCCGCACGGCAACUGCCAGCGACCUCAUUCGUGGUCCGGAUCCCAUUGCCAUCCUUGGUUCGGUCAAUCAGAUCACCUUCACUACAGAUGAGGAGAAGGAAUGGUUGAAGCUGGAGAUCACGAAGCCGGAGAUCAAGGCCAACUGCGAUGAUCUCAAGGUCCUAGGCAAGGGUGACUUCAAGGCGGUCCUCAAGUGGAGGACCACAUUGCGGGAGGACCUUGGCUUGGACAAUAAGUCGAAAGAGGCCCAAGAAUUGACCGAAACCGUCGAAGUCACCGAAGAAGUCGACGAGGAUACCCAAAUUCAACAAGAGCUCGAGCGCCUCAACGCCGAAGCCGCCGCCCGCACCAAGCGCCAGCGCCGCCGCGCCAACGAGGUCAAGACCAAGACCAUCCAGCGCAUGCAGCUCCAAAUGACCGCGCCCCUCGACAUCGGCAUGGAGCAGGCCGACGCCUCCCUCGGUGGCCAGGACGACUUCUUCGACCUCGACGAGGUCGAACGCAGCCGCAAGGGCGCGCGCCGCCUCGCCAAGGCCUCCAUGGACGACGAGGACGCGGACUCGGAUGAAGCGCCGGAGGAGGAAGAGGAGGAGGAAGAGCUCGUGGACUCGGAGGAGGAGCGCGAGCGGAGGACGCGCGCGCUGGAGAAUGAUAUGGACGGGAUGUAUACGGCGUAUCGGCAGCGGCUGCGCGAGCGGGACGCGAAGUUCAAGGCGAAGGAGGCCAGGAUGAACAACCCGGAUCGCGAGGAAACGUGGCAGGGUAUCAAGGAGGUCGCCAGUGAUGAGGAGGACGACAGUGACGCCGAGGGCGCGGGCUGGGCCGCGAGGGAGCAGCGUAAAUUCGCGGAUGCCGAGGAUUCGUCGGACGAGAGCGACAUCGAUGACGACGACGAGCCAUCGUCGAAGCGGAGACGGACGGAGAACGGCGCGCAGCGGGUUGGCAAGGGCAAGCUUGUCCAGUCGUUGGAGGGCCCAAAGAUGCCGGAGAGUCAAGCAGCCAAGAUUUGGUUCAGCCAGGAUGUCUUUGCCGGUAUCGACGAUGAUGUGGAGGACGAUGAGGAGGAGAGCGCGGUGGAUGAGGACGAGGAUGAGGAUGUUGACAUGGAGGAAGGGGAGGACGAGGGCCCCGUUACUCCAGAAGACGACGAUGACUUUGAGAUUGUCCCAUUACAAAAGGACAGCGAUGACGAAGAUAUGUGGGACGUCGAGGAUGACAAUGAGGAUGCUGUCAACGCAGAGAAGAUACGAAAAUAUGGCCUCACCACCGGCGAAACCGUCACCCUCGCUCAAGCCCUCGUCAACCGCAACACCACCAAAACUCACCUCAUCAACGACGGCUUCUCCCGCUACUCCCUCAACUCCAAAGACGACCUCCCCUCCUGGUUCCUCGACGACGAGCAGCAGCACUACAAGCCCAACCUCCCCGUCACCAAAGAGGCCAUCGCCGCCCUCCGCGCCCGCCAACGCGCCCUCGACGCGCGCCCGAUCAAGAAGAUCGCCGAGGCGAAGGCGCGCAAGAAGCUCAAGGCCGCGCAGCGCCUGGAGAAGGCGAUGAAGAAGGCGGAGGGCGUGAACGAGACGAGCGACCUGAGCGAGCGCGAGAAGGCGGCGCAGAUCGAGAAGCUGAUGCGCAAGGGCGCGAGCAAGGGGAAGCCAAAGACGGAGGUGAAGGUCGUGUUUGCGAAGGGCGCGCAGAAGGGGGUGAAGGGCCGGCCGAAGGGGGUGAAGGGGAGGUACCAGAUGGUGGACGCGAGGGGGAAGAAGGAGCUGCGGGCGAAGAAGCGGGCGGAGAAGGCGAACAAAAAGAGGAAGCGGGCUUAA